UCACAGUCAUCAGCACCCUGCAAGCUAGUAGUACUAGCAAGGCUUGACUGCAGCGAAUUUGCUGUUUCAGCUUGCUGAACUAUGAGGACGCUAGUUGAAUAUUCGGUAGCGUGGAUAAUUGACAUGUGUCAGACGUAACACACGUGUAAAGCUUGGGACACAUUGUAGAAAUUGAGGUUACGCAAAUCAGCGGGACUAGCUGACAAACCACAUACACUUCGGGCCGCAAAUGGAACCAGGGUGCUCGCGUGAGGGUUUAACUGAUUAUGGAGGUCCAGAACAAGUUGAUUUGCGCGAGGAGACACCGGGCGAAGAGGCAGAGAAUGUUGACAGUAGCAUCCUCAAAGGAAGAGGAGGGGAUACACAUGGAGGCAACGAAUAUACCGUGACCAAGAUGAAAGCUGAAUUUGAAAGUGAUAGAGACACCGAGGAAAAUAUUAAGAAAGAGGAAGACGAAGAUGAUCGUAAAUAUGAAGAAGAAUUGGACCCAAGAAUCCAGGAGGAACUCGAGCACCUUAACCAGGCCAGCGAUGAGAUCAACAAGCUGGAGUUGCAACUGGAUGAGGCCAGGUCCAGCUACCGAAGGAUCCUCACUGAUUCAGCCAGGAAGCUGAAUGCCCAAGGCUCCCAACUGGGCACCUGCAUUGAAAAAGCCAGACCAUACUAUGAGGCCCGAAGACUGGCCAAAGAGGCCCAGCAGGAGACCCAGAAGGCAGCGCUGCGCUAUGAGAGAGCUGUCUCCAUGCACACGGCAGCCAGGGAGAUGGUGUACGUGGCGGAGCAGGGCCUGUUAGCAGACAGAAACACUCUGGAUCCCACUUGGCAGGAGAUGCUCAACCAUGCCACCUCCAAGGUGAACGAGGCGGAGGAGGAGCGUCUGCGGAGCGAGCGGGAGCACCAGAGAGUCACCCAGCUGUGUCAGGAGGCCGAGGCCCGGGUCCAGACCCUGCAGAAAGCCCUCAAGAGGGUCAUCCUCAAGUCCAAGCCCUACUUUGAACUCAAGGCCCAGUUCAACCACAUAUUGGAGGAGCACAAGGCGAAGGUGGUCCAGCUGGAGGAACGAGUGGCCAAAGUGAAGACACGCUACUCCGUCGCCCUGCGCAACCUGGAGCAAAUCAGCGAGCAGAUCCACGCCCAGAGAGGGCGAAUGCAUGCGACUAGGGUGCGGCCCUUGGACUGCGGUGGGCGUAGCUCCCCGGUGGGGGCGGAGGCUGAGGUGAAGGCAGCGGUUGGUGUCCAGGUAGGUGCCUGCGAGGGCGGGGACAGACGAGGAGGGCUGGAGAACGACUGGGCGGACAGAGAGAAGACCAGACAGUGGGUGGAGAAGCACAGGGAGUCGGGAUGGGGCCAGAGGGAGCAGGGCGAGUCAGAGCAGGCUGGGUCGGACUCUAUGUCCGUCAUCAGCCUGCAGACCAUUGCCUCAGACCUGGAGAAGUGUGACUCUGUGGAGCACCUGGGAGACCUGAGCGACGUGAGCAGCAUGGUGGGGGAGGAGUGGGACAGGGAGAGGGAGCGAGCCCAGAGGGCUGAGAAGCGAGACAGGAACAGGGAUCGUGUUGCUGGGUUAGAGGAGAGAGGGGUUGUCAGAGAGGGGGUCACCAAGCCACUGCAGGACAGGGUGAAUGUGGAGAUCGGUGUGAUAGGAAAAGAGAGACAAGAGAGCUUUGUCAAGCAGCAUCACAGAAGUGUCAGUUUAUGAGACUGGAGGAGUGAACUGAGGUGAUUUGGAAUAAUAAAGGGUAUAUGAGUGAUGACAGAUCUGAGAGGAGAAAAUGAGAGGCCGGGGUUGUCGUGAGAGCUUUUAGAGGGUUCAGGCGUAGAACUUUGCUACGGAUUGACAAGGCAACAUAGAGAUUCUGCAGUUGGGAAUAGCAGAGGAAGCAGUGGUGACAGAAGCACCACGCGCACAUUAAUGAAUCGCAAUGAGAGGGGGAGAGAGGGAUAAAGGAGGCAUACUUUAUUCACUGGGUUCCUUCGAGACGUUUGUCCUUCUCAUUCUCUAAUCCUGACUACUGUUCAGUACAGUGAAAUGCAGCACACAACAAACACAACAACAACAACAAACUAAUAAAUAGUCAUGGCAAAUCACUGUUAGAAAUAAUUAAGGUGAAACUAUAGAAGUAAUGCACACUGACCAUUUCAUGCUACUGUGUCAGAUGUCAGGAAGUGCCACGUGUGUGUUGAUACCAUGUUAGUUUUGAUGUCACUGACCUAGGACAUUAUUUUGAGUUUGCAUGGGAGUUGGAUUGCCUGUCGCCUGUGGGAUAAACAAGAAACUACCCAGGCAUUACUGUUCACUUGAGGAGAAAUGUGAAUUGCAAAUGUAGAAUGAUUUACCUUUAUCCUACUAUAAGAUGAGACGGUACACUUUCUUUGUUUUUGUUUGAAAAUGCUCUUGGAAUGUUCACACAAACUGGCCUCAGAAACAACCCCUGCUUGGCUUGCUCUUUUCAUGAUCACUAAUGACAGAAUUAAAUGGUGUUAUAUGACAGGCUUUCAAAUCCUAACUGCAGUCUAAAAUGAUGUGUGAACAUAUACAAUUUGUACUUGGCACCUAAUAUUUAAGAAGCCAUACAGACAGCAAAUACUAUCCUAAAUGUUAUAAUUUGAAAUGUAAAAGUGCCUUUAAAGUGGCUACCUAAAUGUCAUCGUAAAAUGCACUACGCCAAAACUAGGACCUUGUAUCAGUAGUGAUUUACACUCACUUUAUUAAAAACCCAUGGGUUAUUUUUGUUUAAUAGAGUUUAAAAUCAAUGUGUAGUAUUUCGAAACUCCCAAGAUGUGAAGUGAUUUUUAAUUGUUUUAGAUUGAAAUACUUUACCAUUUACUGACACUGAACUGUCUUCAGCACUUGACUUACCUCUACUUAUAUUUGACAUCACUUAUGUGAUAGUACUUUUCAUUUAGUUCGAAAUUAUUCAAUUUAUUACUGUCAAAUGGUACAUUUUCUUGUUCUGUAUCUUGCAUCUAUAACACUUACAUCACAUGACACCAUAUGGUAUUACGUCUUUACAUAAAAAGUUUAUUGGAAUAUAUGGAGGGUUACACUGUCUGACUGAAUGAGGGUAAAAGAAUGCUGUUAAAUGUACAUGUAUUUAAUUAUGUUUGAAUAAUGCAAACUUGUGCCAUUCAUUUGUAUAUUUUGAAAACUAGUUGGAAGUGGAUUUAAGAUGUUGAUGGUAAUUGCUGUAUUAUUAUUUUUGGGGGGGUUUAUAUUUGCUAUAUAUAUAUAUGUGUUCUCAUUUGAUUUUGUUCUACUAAUUUAUUCACCUGUUACUUUACUUGUAUCUUUACCUCUCCAUGUAAACCUACUUCCAGGGUCUGGUAAUCUGCUGAUUCUAACUUGCCUUUCCAAAAAUACUGGCUUUAUUGUUUAUUACUUCUACACUGGAAUCUGAACAAUGCAGCUAAUGUACGAUUUUACUUAUCAUAUGACAAGUACUCUAAUCAUCAUGACUAUUGUCAUUUAUGGAAUGUGAUGCUGUAAGAACCAUUAAACCUUUAUUU